AUAAGAAGGAAAAUUCAAAAUUUUUGCUUAAAAAUAUAACUUUAUUCAAGUAGGUAUUUUGCGGAACGCAAUGCGGAAAGAUGUAAAAAGAAAUUUAUUUCAUGUGAUAUGAGUGAGUUGUAGAGUGAUAGCGAGGGUAAUAUGAUCUCAUGAUACCGUUGGUGAGGGAUUUUACUUGGCAAUGGUAACCCUGGUCAGCGGUAUUGCAUGGGUAACAACAAUUCAGCCUAAAAUUCCCCAAGUUCUUAAACGGCUAUACAACACGAUCACGGCUUUGGUAACAGAAUGCCAAACAAAUGCUUGUUUUAUAAUUGAUGACAAAAACUAGGAUUGAUAAUAUCAGAGAGGAAUUUCUUCUCUUGUAACAUAAAAUAGAUACAUAUAUGUAUGCCUGUGUGUUAUCAUACAUGCGUGUAUGUGUAUUAUGAUUUUAUGGAUUAAAUAAAAUCUACUGUAAAUUUUUCAUAAUAUGACAACCAUAUACAUUGUGUGUACGUAAUAUCAGAUUAAAGAUACGUAAUGUGCAUGAAGUUAAAAAGUAACCAACAAAAUUUUAAUAACUUUUAAUGUGAUAAUGACACAUCCUAUGAACAUGUUGGGUGUUGUCAAAAUAUACCAAAGGUUCUUAACAAGAUAUCCGUUACUCACUCAAGCGGUACAAGCGGGUACGUUAAUGGCACUUGGAGACCAGAUUGCACAAAAUCUAGUUGAGCGAAGAAAAAUUAAAGAUUUAGAUUUUAUGAGAACAGCUCAGUUUGGAUGCAUAGGACUUUUCCUUACUGGUCCUGUCACACGAGCUUGGUAUGGAAUAUUAGAUAAAUAUAUUGGCUCAAAGGGAGGAAUUGUAGUAUUAAAGAAGGUGUCUUGUGAUCAAUUAUUCUUUGCACCUGUAUUUUUAAUAGUUUUACUAUCAACAAUUGGUAUUCUACAAGGAAAUGACUUAGAACAAUUAAAAAAGAAAUUGUAUAAUGAGUACCCAGAUAUUUUAAAAAAUAAUUACAAGAUUUGGCCUAUGGUACAACUAUUUAACUUUUAUUUUGUACCUUUACAUCAUCAGGUUUUAGUAGUACAAUCUAUAGCUUUGUUAUGGAAUACUUAUAUCUCCUAUAGGACAAGUUCAGGAAAAUAAAAAUAAGAAUAUAAAAUAAGUAAAAAUUUAUAAACAUAUUUUUUUAAAUACAAAUGUUAAUACUAUUAAAUUUUGUUAAGUAUUGUUCACAAUAGAAUAAUAAAAUUCGACUUUUGGGAAGAACUACAUAAUAUUUAUCAUUAAAUAAACAAUAUAGUAUUGUAACAUAAAACAACAAUAACAUUAUAGACGAUGUAGAUCCCAAAAGCUUUUCGUUAUAAAUUUAAAAAAAGCGUUUUUUUUCUAUAUUAUGAAGUACAUUUGACCUCGAAGAAAACGAUUGCUGUUCGUUUAUUUCCUAAAAUUGAUGUAUGUAGGACAUGUUUCAUUGUAAUUUAGUAGUUGUUAUUUAUGUUUAAGCAUAUCAACAUCAUAAUUUAUAUUGUAUGUUUAUAUUAAAAUUUGUCCUCUAAUUAAACUGCUAUUGCAAAGUAAAUUGUUAUUUUUUACAAAAGUAUAUAUUUUUUUAAUGUACUGGGUAUAAUAUCAUUUUAUGGAAUGUUACCGUUUUUAGAGACCAUGAAAUCAUUGGACUUGAACACACAAUAUUUUAAAUGUUAAGUAUGUACAAGAAGAUCUGAAGUGCACUAAAAUAAACGAAAAUUAAAUCUA